AGAUUUCAUUUCAACAAAAUCAUCAAAUUGACAGUUUAAAAUAACUCCAUUGAUACUAUUAAACUAAACAAUCUUGUAAAACACCAGCAACCCACCACCUUGUUUUCAGCAAAUUCUAAACAGAGCCUCAAACCUGAAAUCAUUAAUUAUAUAUAUAAAGCCUGUGUAUCCCAAAUCUAAGACUGCUUUUGUCUGACAUGAAAACAUUAUAGAACGAUAAUAAAGUAUUCAAUGCUACAUCAAGGUUUCACUCACAAUGGCAGCUUUGUUUCAAUUUCCAACUUCCAUUUCCUUCUCUUCUCAUAACCCCAUCUUCUCAUCAAAGCCACAACAAUGGAUAAGCUGGAAAACCCAUGAAUAUAGACCUAGAAGAAGCUUAAAAAUAUGUGCUUUUUCUAUUAAAAGACCCAGGAGUGGGAGAAAGGUAAAGAGUAAUGAGGAACUGUGUAAUGAUAUAAGGGAAUUUGUAGCUGAGGUUGGGCUUCCAGAGGGUCAUGUUCCUUCCUUUAAAGAACUUUCUCAGCAUGGAAGGAAUGAUCUGGCUAACAUUGUUCGAAGGAGAGGAUACAAGCUCAUCCAAAAGCUUCUUUCGAGCUCACCAGAAACCGAUGGACUUAUUGCAGAUACAAGCGUAGUUCAAAAGCACAAUGCCACCAGUGAUUCGGAAGAUACUUUUGAAGGUCAAUAUCUAAAGAGUGAGAAUGCAACCGAAGUUGUUCCUUUGUCAACCGAAGCUUUCAACACGGAGAAUAAGUUGGUUGCAGAGGAUAUUGAUUCCGAUGACCAUAAUUGCAUGAGGGAAACUACAGUGUAUACUUCAGGAGAUCAAAUGGAAAUGGAAAGCACCGUGCUUGAAGAUGUUUCCACAUCAACUUUGCUCCCGUUCGAGGAAAACUAUUCUGGGAGUUUGAGUGUUAAUCUGGACCAGAAUUCUGAUGAUAGUAGUUUCAUGCCUGAAGAAUCUCCGGCCAUGUCAAUUUUGGAGGAAAAAGUUGCGAGAUUUGUUCAGAAUGGAGAUUUGGAUGCAAUCGAGUGUGCUUGCUAUGCAGAUACUGUUUACGAGAAAUUAAAUGAAACUAAUGAUGAAGUAGCAACUCAAUCAAGGACAGGAAGUGAAGAUCGCUUGAGAAAUGCUGAUGAUGCUGUCUCCAAAUCGAAUGGAAGUGCAACAGUUGCCAAGCAGGUUGCUCCUCCUGUAGCAAUGGAUUAUCUUCCUUGGAGUUAUGACAAGAUGGAAGCUCAAACACUAAACAGUGAUGAUUCGAGGGAGGAUUUGGAUUCCAAGACCACUGGAAGGGACACCAUAAUUGAGAUUAAUCAUCUCCAGUUUUUGCUGGUAUAUAAUUUUAAUCACCAGAAGGAAUUAGAAUUAUCCCUAUUGAAGGAGCAGAUUGAAAAGGAAAAGAUUGCUUUGGCUUCCAUGCAAAACAAGGCUGAAACAGAGAUCCAAAAAGCUCAAAAACUUGUCUCUGAGAAGGAUGCUGAAUUGCUUGCUGCUGAAGAAAGCUUAUCGGGCCUACAAGAGGUGCAACUUGAAUACACUGGAGAUGGUGAAAUUGUGGAAGUAUCUGGUAGCUUCAAUGGUUGGCAUCAUCGGAUUAAAUUGGAUCCUAAGCCAUCUUCUACCACUAAAACCCCCCUUGAAUCAAGUAAGUCCAAAAUCUGGUCAACGGUGCUAUGGCUUUAUCCUGGGGUAUACGAGAUAAAAUUUGUUGUCGACGGUCAAUGGACACUUGAUCCUCAAAGAGAGUCAACAACCAGCAGUAGAAUAUGUAACAACAUUCUCCGAGUUGAUAGAUAAAUUUCGGUUGGAUAAAAGAGAGAGAUUCUUUGUAUUCUGCAUUAACAUUAAGAUUGUUUGCCAAGAGCAAAGUGGUGGAUUGGUUUUAGCAUCCUAUGAUGUCGAUUAGAACAGAGAAAGCUCGUUGCUUGCAUUGGGGAUGUUGGCUUGUUUCAUGCAUGGCCACAGGAUUUGGGGAGUGAAGUCAUCCAUUUCCGGUCGAACACAAAAUAAAGACUUCAAUGUUUUCCUUGUGAUAUCACCAAAAUCCUAUAUAACUUUUGAUAGGUAAGGUAAUAGUUGUGUAAGUUUUUUUCCAGUGACCCACAGUAGAAAGACAUUGAAGCAAUAGGUUUUUUUUUUUUUUUUCUAUCUAGUGCUAGAAUUUGUACAAAUGACUUUCAGCGACUGUGUAUAUCUUUUGGUUUCCGUAAAACAUCGAGUAUCUCGGAAUCUUGUAGGAGGUUUUGUAGGAACUUUUGGUGGAACCUUGUCCACCAAAAUUUGCCCAUUGAGUUCAGAGCUUUAAAGAUUCAGUGAGUUGGGAAUUUGAAACAUGGGAACUUAACAAGUUGCAGCCAAGGAGUUUCCUGCAAAUAAUAAGCUCCUAUAUAGCAUUUCUUGAAAUGUUGAUGGUUUGAUCA